AUGUGUUGCAGGCACUACCUGGAGUACAAGCAGCUGAAGAAGAAGCUGCGCAAGGUGGUGGAGGCCAAGCGCGAGGAGACGCGCGAUGAGCAGGAGAACUUCAAGCACGCGCUGGACUCGGAGGUGGAGCGCGUGGUGCUCUUCUUCCUGACCAAGCAGGGCGAGUUCGCCACGACGCUGCAGGGCCUGCGCGCGCAGCAGCAGGAGCUGGCGCCCGGGGACCUGGAGGCCAUGCACUCCAUCGCCGACAUGUACCGCCACGUGGGGGACGACCUCGUGAAGCUGCUGCACUUCGUGGAGCUGAACGCGACGGGCAUCCGCAAGAUCCUCAAGAAGCACGACAAGACGCUCAAAGAGCACAAGAUCAUGGGCUCGUAUCUGUCGUCGCGCACGGACUCGCAGGCCUCGCACUUGCAGCAGCUCUACCACGAUGAGGGCAUCUCGGCCAUCAUCGCCAGCAUCCGCUCGGCGCUGACCAAGCUGCGCAAGCUCGAGGUGCAGCUGGCGGCGGACGCGACCAGCAAGACGCUGACGCGCACCAUCUCCGAGGACGAGCCCGUGCUCAAUCGCAUCGGCCAGGCGCGGCGCAGACUGCACAAGUCGACGCAGUACGUCAAGACGGUGGCCGCGCGCUCGCUGAUCUUCGACUCAGAGUCGUCGGAGGACGAGGAUGACGAGACGUACGACAUGCUCAAGCGGCUGAAGCAGGCGUCGGAGCCCUCGCGACUGCUGAACAUGCUCAACACGUUCCUGUACAUGACCAACUACUACAUCGUGGCGCCGACGAGUGGCAAGUACGCGGCUGAGCUCGGAGCGGAGGCUUCCAUGAGCGGUGUCAUUGUGGGUAUGACACCCGUGGCCUCGCUUGCCAGUGCAGUGCUGUACAGUUGGUGGGCCAACCGAUCCUACAAGGCUUCGCUGAGUUUUGCCACCGUGUGCCUUAUCCUCGGCAACCUGCUCUACGGUAUGGCUCUUUCAUACGACAGUGUCGCGAUGGCCCUUACGGGUCGUAUGCUCAACGGUUUUGGUGGCGCUCGCGCGAUUAACCGCCGGUACAUUGCUGAUAACUACUCUCGGGAAGAACGCACGCAGGCUUCGGCUCUGUUCGUGACUGCAAGCGCGCUUGGCAUGGCCGCAGGACCCGGACUGGCUGCUGCGCUGCAUUACCUUCCCGACUACAACGUUGCUGGCAUCGAUAUCACGACGGAGACCUCGCCUGGCUGGGUCAUGUUUGCGCUGUGGACGAUCUAUCUCAUCGCUCUGUUGUUUUGGUUCGCGGAGCCCGAUCGCAUGGAGAGGGAGCGCUUUCUGGAGCGCAGGCGAUCCAUGCUGGAGAACGGAAUGGGCAACUCGAGUAUCGCGGCAGUGGCGGCUGAAAUGGGCGAGACCACGCCUCUGAUUUCGCGCUCUACGUCGAUGGUUGGCAGCCCGCCGCCGCUGUCGUCGCUGUGGUACAACGUGCCGGUGGUGGCUUCGCUCUUGAUCUACAUCGUUCUCAAGCUGGUGCUGGAGUGCCUGAUCACGGCCAGUUCGACGAUCGCCAUGUACCACUUCAAUUGGGGCUCCACUAACAACGGUCUGUACCUUGCAGCGUUGGGACUUCUGAUGUUCCCGACCAACAUGGUCGUGGGCUGGAUGAGUUUCCGGUACGAAGACCGAGAGCUGAUUAUUCUUUCAGAGGCUGCAAUGGUCGUCGGUGUGGGUAUCAUCGUGAACUACGGCCACUACUCGGUGGCGCAGUUCAUCACUGGAGGUGUGAUCAUCUUCGUUAGCACGAAUGUGCUGGAGGGCGUUAAUAUGGCGUUGCUGUCGAAGACGAUCCCCAAGUCCUUCGCGAAGGGCACCUUCAACUCCGGCCUGUUGGCCACGGAAGCCGGCACAUUAGGUCGAGCCAUUGGUGACGUUGCGAUCACGGUCGUCGGUCUGCCGGGCAUUCAGUAUGUGCUGAACUGGACGUUCGCCCCGUUGAUCGGCAUCUCACUUCUUACAAUUCUCUACACGGGCCGCGUGUACCACAAGCUUGCCACCGAUGACUAAGACUGCAGUUAGAUCGGGCAAAGGUUAGCACGCGCACCACUGUCAGAUGCAUUCGACAACACGCUGUGCUGUCGUUAGCCUUGAGCUCAUUCUGUAUUCGUGAAUAAAGGACAGAACAAU